AUGGCUGCUGAUGCUACGGCGGUCUCUUCUUCCGUAGAACAGGGCAACAAGACCGAUUUCAGAUCCAGCUCGCCAUACCCAAUUGGCCGCCGAAUCCCCUCCGAAUCUACAUCUGUGCUCCCAAACAGAACAGAGACUAUGUUUGCUUGGUUCCAAAUUGCAAACACACCCGUUUUGGUGACAAAGGUGGCCUGGAUCGACAUACCCGCGAGGUUCACGGAUCACAAGCUUAUUUUUGCCCUGUUGCUCUCUGCAAUCGUCACGUCAGAGGAUUUACGAGAAGUUACAACCUAUUUCAACAUCAGAAGAGAUGCCAUCCUUCGUUGA